AUGUCUCGAAUUGAGGAUUUUUGUGGUUCCGAAACUCCACCUCGACUGAUGUCUACCAAGAAUUUGCUCACACUAGAUUAUGUUGUUCGAUCGACCAGAGCAAUGCGACGUAUGGUUGCCAAUAUGGAGAAUUUCGGUUUUGUGAUACAGUAUGACUUCCGGUCGGAUUUGGGUUUGUCAAAAAUGCACGCUGAAACACGAAGUGAUCAGGCUUGCCACUAUGAAUUCAAUUCAUCGAGUCGAUCCUCAGGGGACAUUUUCUCGCCCAAUCAUCCAGGAUAUUAUCCUCGUAACAUCGACUGUCAUUAUAUAUUUCAUGGAACUGAUAAGCAGAUUGUUGCAAUUCACUUUGAAUAUUUUGAUGUUGAAGGCUUUGCCACGUAG